GUAAAGUCCUUUCUCAAUAGCCAUUUUAGUCCAACAAGGGACCACCAGGGCUGCGCGGCCGUAGAAUGUCUUUUGGGCGCACAUCUAGAAGCUCUCUGACGACCCAGAACAUGGCAGCGACACGAGCAAGCGGUCCGUACGACAAUGCGGACCGACAGAAGCGGUGCGUUGGCUUGCGCACCUGUGCCCUGUUGCUCGGCCACCUACCUAUUCUCCUCAUGAUCACCAUUUUGCCGUUUUACGCGAUCCGAGCGGGCGACGUGCGGCUCCCGGACAUACUACUCUCCGACCUGAUGGCCCUGCCACCUUCCCGAUCCAGUUUCCCCUACCAACCCUUGUUUCUGAUCGGCUACUGCCUGUUUGCCGACUUGGCGCUCUGGUGCUUCACGCAAUACGCGCAGUGGAUUUGCCGGUCCCACCCCGUCGCGAAAGCAGCGACCGGCGUUAUAACCACGAUUUGCGUUUUUGGCAUCAACCUGAACCUGUACCUGCUCCUCGCCUUCAAUUUCGAGGAGAGCAGCGGCCAAGCGGAGGAGGAAGCCGCCAACUGGAGUUUAGGCACGCUAUUUUCGGACGCGCCGCGUCACGUCUUCAUCUCGUGGUUCAUCCACGUGGGCGCCGCCACGCUGCUCUUCGGGAGCAUUGGCGCCUGCACCUUGUUGAGUGUGUACAUUCUGGAACCGAUUGCCGCGAGCGGUGCGCUCGAACCCGUGGUGGACAUCCGGCGCCGGUGGUUUUUCAGCCGGGCUUCGUGUUACAGCAUCCCGGUGGCGCUCGUCAUUCGCCUGGCCCAUCUCUUCUCCGACCGUUUCUUCUGGGCCUACCCGCUGCUCUUCGCGGAAAUCUGGAUGCUGGCCUGCGCGGCGGGGGUGAUGCUGUUCGGACUCUUGGAGACGAUGAUGAUGCUCGACUACCAGGAGCCGCUGGUGGACUGCGAGAUGUGGCAGACGACCGCAAAAGCCCUCUUUGGAGCGUCGCGGAAAGACUUCCUGGCCAUUUUGACGGCGAAGUCGCCAACAUCGCGAACAAGCACCAGUAAGACGGCAAAUAAGACUAGAAGUAGGAGUCGCAGCAUCGUGAACGCGAAUAAUACCUCGGCUUCCUCAAAAGUCGACUAGACCAGCACAUAUCCGCCCUUCUUGAAGAUUGUUUACAGAAGGAGGCGAGGAAUACAGUUGAAAUUCAAAUUUUUCAAGUAUUGUGAAUAAGUACAGUGUUGACGCGAUGAAGUCAUUUCUUUCAGGCCUACCUGUGAAUUGUCGCUUCUGCAUCUGAGAUGUGCGACGAAGGCCCUCAUGCAGCGCCUAAGUGAGGCUAAUAGGGCACUUUUUUGUGCCGACCUAGCGUCCAGAAACGAUUUGUGAACAAAGACGAGGAUC